GACUAAAAGCAACCAUUUGGAAUCGAACUGCGGGCUGCAUAGACCAGGCAACGAAUACAACAUGAGAAAAAUAUGAACGAUGAUGAUUCAUCCUGUUCCAGACAAGCCUGAUGGAUCGCCCGUGACCCUGCUGAAAGCUGCCGUGCCGGCGGGCGUCUUUCUCCUGCUCUUCCUGCUCUUCUUUAUCCUAGGCUGCGUCUGCCUCCGCGCCCUGCGACAGGAGCGCCUCCUGGAGAGAAGAUACCACCUGUCGUACAGUGGCGCCAACGACGACGUGUACCUGAUCACGAGGCGGCGCCACCGUCGCGAGGAAGAGAACGAGGACGAGGCGACGCAAGUCGAGCCGAACAGCAGCGCCGACGAGGAUGAGACUCGACUGAUCACCCACAGGUGGAGCCACCGUACGCGUCCGCUGCUGCACGAGCGCGAGGAGCUGUCGGCUCUAACCGAAGUCUGACGACCGACGCCCGUCCGUGCGCCGACCGCUGCCGGAUCGAGGUGUAACGAUCGAAUCGUAAUCGGAUCGAGGCGUAGCAACCGAAUUAAACACGGAUCGUGUGUUUGCCGGUGACAGAACUAUAACCGAAUCGUGUCGUCACAAAACUAUAAUCGGAUCGUGUGUCCACCGGCGGCAGAACUAUAACCGGAUCGAGUCUCCACCAUCCGGUAUCACACCGAAUCCGAAAGCGUCAAUGCAAUUAAGAAGCCAUCCGAAACAAAAUUGUGUGGCCGUAAACAAAACCUGCGAUCGCGACGUCAACCGAUGCGAUGUACACGUGCAAGCUGAAUCUGAAUUUCUACGGCAUAAUAAAUCGGCUUCAUCGAGCCAGAGCACAGCAGCUGCGACUGGGGUAAUUAAUCACACACGCUAAUGAGAGGAGAGCAUCCACGCGUUUAUCGACGAUAGUGAGACUGACUGUCGAAUUUAUCCGCAGACAGCAAAAUUUCCAAAAACUUGCGCCAAAGUGCCGCUGGGAUUUUUCAACAAACAGGUCAUACGUGCAGCGGGGACUAAACGCCACACCUCUGAUACAGGAACGAGAGAAACCCUAGGAAACUCGGUUAAAGACUUGUCGCUGCGUACACGCGUUGAUAAAACACGAUGCAACUGACGUUGAACAUAUUGAUGCGCCUUUGCGCCGCCAUCUUGUGUUCCUGGGCAACGGGAGGACAGGUCACGGCCGAGAAGAUUGCGGCGGACGACGGGUCGGCCGAGGUUCCACCGACGAUCGACAUCUGCGCAGGCGCAAGAACAACAUCCGCUCCGCGCGCGUUUCUCGUCUCGCCCGGAUAUCCGGGCGUGUACGGCAACAACCUGAACUGCUCCCUGUCGCUGGUCGCCGAGACUGGAUUCUUCGUCUCGCUGACGAUACACUAUCUGUGGCUCCAGGUGAGAGAUGCGAGGUGCGGCGUGAUGGGUGGCAGGGGCGUAACUAACUCGUUUUGCCUGAAGUCGGUGGUGUAGGU